UCGGUUCAUGAUUAACGGAGAAAAAUAUGCGUUUAUUGGAUGUUAAAUGAAUAAUUUCCACCUUGGAAGUCUCUUUGGGACACUAAUCUGCCGUGCUGAGAAAAACACCUUAAGAGCAUUCGAGAGUCGCUAAAAUUUUAUAAUGAUACCGUGCUCUUCUACAACCAAAUCAGUCGCGAGGUCAUGAAACAGGGCUGUAUCAACUCGCCUGCCAUACCGAUUGUAAUGAUACCGUGCUUUUCGACGACCAGUUCAGUCGCGCGGUCAUGUAAUAGGUGUGUAUCAACUCGCCUGCAUCUCCGAUUGUAAUGAUACCGUGCUCUUAUAGGACCAGUGCAAUUGCGAGGUCAUGAAAUAGGCCUGUAUCAACUCGACUGCAUCACCGAUUAUAAUGAUACCGUGCUCUUCUACGAGCAGUUCAGUCGCGCGGUCAUGAAAUAGGUGUGCAUCAACUCGCCUGCAUCACCGGUUAUAAUGAUACCGUGCUCUUAUACGACCAGUUCAGUCGCGAGGUCAUGACAAUGGGCUGUACCGACUCGCCUGCAUUGCCGAUUAUAAUGAUACCGUGCUCUUCUACGACCAGUUCAGUCGCGCAGUCAUUAAAUUGGGCUUCAAUAACUCGCCUGCAUCAACGAUUUUAAUAAUACCGAGCUCUUUUACGACGUGUUCAGUUGCGAGGACAUGAAAUAAUGCUGUAAUAACUCGCCUGCAUCACCGAUUAUACCGAAUGAUACCGUGCUCUUCUACGACCAGUUCAGUGGCGAUUACAUGAAAUAGGGCUGUAUCAACUCACCUGCAUUAUCGAUUAUAAUGAUACCUUGCUCAUGUACGACCAGGACAGUCGCGAGGUCAUGAAAUAGGGCUGUAUCAACUCGCCUGCAUCACCGAUUUUAAUGAUACCGUGCUCGUCUACGACCAGUUCAGUCGCGAGGUCAUGACAGAGGGCUGUACCAACUCGCCUGCAUAACCGAUUAUACCUAAUGAUACCGUGCUCUGCUACGACCAGUUCAGUCGCGAGGUCAAGAAAUAGUUCUAUAUCAACUCGCCUGCAUCAUAGAUUAUAAUGAUACCGUGCUUAUCUACGACCAAUUCAGUCGCGAGGUCAUGAAAUAGGGCUGUAUCAACUCGCCUGCAUCACCGAUAAUAAUGAUACCGUGCUCUUCUACGACCAGAUCAGUCGCGAGGUCAUGAAAUAGGGCUGUAUCAACUCGCCUACAUCACCGAUUAAAAUGAUACCGUGAUCUUCUACGACCAGUUUAGUCGCGAGGUCAUGACAAAGGGCUGUACCAACUCGCCUGCAUUGCCGAUUAUAAUGAUACCGUGCUCUUCUACGACCAGUUCAGUCGCGCGGUCAUGAAAUGGGGCUGUAAUAACUCGGCUUCAUCACCGAUUAUACCGAAUGAUACCAAGCUCUUCUACGACAAGUUCAGUCGCUACGUCAUGAAAUGGGGCUGUAAUAAUUAGCCUGCGUCACCGAUUAUAAUGAUACCGUGCUCGUCAACGACCAGUUUAGUCGCGAGGUCAUGAAAAAGGGCUGUAAUAAUUCGCCUGCAUCACCGAUUAUAAUGAUACCGUGCUGUUCUAAGACCAGUUCAGUCGCGAGGUCAUGAAAAAGGGCUGUAUCAUCUCGCCUGAAUCGCCAAUUAUAGCGAAACCGUGCUCUUCUACGACGAGUUCAGUCGCGAGGUCAUGAAAAAGGGAUGUAUCAACUCGCCUUUAUCACCCAUUAUAAUGAAACCGUGCUCUUCCACGACCAGUUCAGUCGCAAGGUCAUGAAAUUCGGCUGUAUCAACUCGCCUGCAUCAACGAUUAUACCCAAUGAUACCGUGCUCUCUUUCGACCUGUUCAGUUGCGAGGUCAUGAAAUGGGGGUGUAAUAACUCGCCUGCAUCACCGAUUAUACCGAAUGAUACCCUGCCCUCCUACGACCAGUUCAGUCAAGAGGUCAUGAAAUAGGGCUGUAUCCACUCGCCUGCAUCACCGAUUAUACCUAAUGAUACCGUGCUCUCUUUCGACCUGUUCAGUUGCGAGGUCAUGAAAUAGGGCUGUAUCAACUCGCGUGCAUCACCGAUUUUACCUAGUGAUACCGUGCUCUUCUACGACCAGUUCAGUCGCGAGGUCAUGAAAUAGGGCUGUAUCAACUCGCCUUUAUCACUGAUUAUAUCGAAUGAUACCGUGCUCUUGUACGUCCGGUUCAGUCGCAAGGUCAUGAAACAGGGCUGUAUCAACUCGCGUUCAUCACCGGUUGUAAUGAUACCGUGCUCUUCCACGACCAGUUCAGUCGCGCGGUCAUGUAAUAGGUGUGUACCAACUCGACUGCAUCACCGAUUGUAAUGAUACCGUGCUCUUCUACGACCAGUUCAGUCGCGCGGUCAUGAAAUUAGGCUGUAAUAACUCGCCUACAUCAACGAUUUUAAUAAUACCGUGCUCUUUUACGACGUGUUAAGUUGCGAGGAAAUGAAAUUGUUCUGUAAUAACUCGCCUGCAUCACCGAUUAAACCGAAUGAUACCGUGCUCUUCUACGACCAGUUAAGUGGCGAUUACCUCAAAUAGGGCUGUAUCAACUCACCUGCAUUACCGAUUAUAAUGAUACCUUGCUCCUCUACAACCAGGACAGUCGCGAGGUCAUGAAAUAGGGCUAUAUCAACUCGCCUACAUCACCUAUUAUAAUGAUACCGUGCUCUUUUACGACCAGUUCAGUCGCGAGGUCAUGAAAUAGGGCUGUAUCAACUCGCCUGCAUCACCGAUUUUAAUGAUACCGUGCUCGUCUACCGCCAGUUCAGUCGCGAGGUCAUGACAGAUGGCUGUACCAACUCGCCUGCAUCACCGAUUAUACCUAAUGAUACCGUGCUCUUCAACGACCAGUUCAGUCGCGAGGUCAAGAAAUAGGGCUAUAUCAACUCGCUUGCAUCACCGAUUAUAAUGAUACCGUGCUUUUCUACGACCAGUUCAGUCGCGAGGUCAUGAAAUAGGGCUGUAUCAAUUCGCCUGCAUCACCGAUAAUAAUGAUACCGUGCUCUUCAACGUCAAGUUCAGUCGCAAGGUCAUGAAAUAGGGCUGUAUCAACUCGCCUGCAUCACCGAUUAUAAUGAUACCGUGCUCUUCCACGACCAGUUCAGUCGCAAGCUACUGAAUAGGGCUGUAUCGACUCGCCUGCAUCAACGAUUAUAAUGAUACCGUGCUCUUCUACGACCAGUUUAGUCCCGAGGUCAUGAAAUAGGGCUGUAUCAACUCGCCUGCAUCACCGAUUAUAAUGACACCGUGCUCUUCUACGACCAGUUCAGUCGCGAGGUCAUGAAAUAGGGCUUUAUUAACUCGCCUGCAUCACCGAUUAUAAUGUAACCGUGCUCUUCUACGACCAGUUCAAUCGCGAUAGCUUGAAAUAGGGCUAUAAUAACUCGCCUGCAUCACCGAUUAUAAUGAUACCGUGCUCUUCUACGACCAGUUCAGUUGCGUGGUCAUGAAAUAGGGCUGUAUCAACUCGCCUGCAUUACCGAUUAUAAUGAUACCGUGCUCUUCUACGUCCAGUUCAGUCGCGAGGUCAUGAAAUAGGGUUGUAUCAACUUGCCUGCAUCACCGAUUAUAAUAAUACCACGCUCUUCUACGACCAGUUCAGUCGCGAGGUCAUGAAAUAGGGCUUUAUCAACUCGCCUGCAUCACCAAUUAUAAUGAUACCGUGCUCUUCCACGACCAGUUCAAUCGCGAGGUCAUUAAAUAGGGCUGUAUCAACUCGCUUGCAUCACCGACUAUAAUGAUACCGUGCUCUUGUACGACCAGUUUAGUCGCGAGGUCGUGAAAUAGGGCUGUAUCAACUCGCCUGCAUCGCCGAUUAUACCUAAUGAUUCCGUUCUCUUCUACGACCAGUUUAGUCGCGAGGUCAUGCAAUAGGGCUGUAUCAACUCGCCUGCAUCACCGAUCAUACACAAUGAUACCUUGCUCUUCUACGACCAGUUCAGUCGCGAGGUCAUGAAAUAGGGCUGUAUCAACUCGCCUGCAUCAACGAUUAUAACGAUACCGUGCUCUUGUACGACCAGUUCAGUCGCCCGCUGACGCAUACUGUUGUCGUGGGUGUGGAGUUCCUGACGCCCGAUGGGAUGAGGUUCUCGUAUUUGGUUGAUACGGAGGACCCUAAGAACCCGCUCACCGUUGAGGUGUGGGGUACCUCUUGGUAGAGCCGAUCAUUAUGGUGCUAUUAUGGUUGACGACAUACGGAGAAAAACUUACCGUUUAGAUGGGAACGUAAAAUGAACUCACUGCUGAUAAUGACAAAGGGUUACAUACCCUGAUUCAAUAUUCUGGAAGUGCCAGGGUUUCAGCGGCAAAUGUGGUGAUUCGAUCGGCUCCAGCGAUUUCCAGAACGUGCGACGAGAAAAAACCUUCGUGGACAAGACGCUAUGGCUGAAGGAUUUCUGGGACGACCCCGUCCGACAACAUUACAUCACAGCACCGACUCGCUUUGGGAAGACCACGCUCCUGAGCAUGAUGCAACAUUUUUUUGACAAAAAUCAAGGGGGGCAUGGUGACUCGCAAAAAUCGCAUUUUUACGGAACGAAAAUUUUCGAGCAAGAAUCAGACUUUUUUCACGCACAUUUUCGUGAGCAUGUAGUUCUCUUCCUCGAUUUCGGACUCCUACGAGAGGCAAAUAAUUUAGCUUCAACCCAGAGAAUCCUGUGUGAGAUUUACGGCAAGGCUAGGUACGAUACAGAUCCUGAUAACAGAGGAAAAACCGCAGAUGAGAAAAAAGACUCGAUAGCUAAAUUCACCGCUGAGUGUAAAGUUAACUACACGGAAUAUUUAGUGAAUCUACCAACCGACCUAAAACAGCUCAACUCAAAAGCGAACGGAACUCAAAUGAUCGUUCUCGUUGAUGAUGUAGACACCAUCAUUUCCUCUUUGCUAAAAGUGGAUGCUAGGAAGGAUGUAAUAGAUAUUAUUCUGAUGAUCGUAGGUGGAUUUCUCAACAGGGUGUUAGGAAAUCACAAAUUUAUAGGAAUUAAAAAAAGUUUGCUUUUAGGCUCCAUGUAUUUACCGGGAACUUUGACUCCGGAUAAUGAGGUUUGGCGACCUUUUUGUUCAAGCGAAAAGUUUUCCAAAUACUUAGGUUUGACGCACCAAGAAGUGGAAGAUUUAUUGGUUAAGUUUAGCGAGCCGCUCGACAGAAUAAGCGACCUCGAGGAGUUCUACGGUGGUUAUAAUGUUAAAAAUUCGACUUUGCAAAUUUUCAACACAGGUUCUAUAGUUUCUUACCUAGGGUCUCGCAGAUUUGAUCACUACUGGCUGUCACACAUCGAUCCUUUACAGAACGAUUACGCGAGAAUAAUAUCUCGACCGAGUAUGGGAUCUAUAAUCGAACAGCUUAUUAUUGGAGGUAGGGUUCACGCCCCUACAGGAGACCAAGAGGAUAAAGUUUAUUUUAAUACUUUGAAAAAGAUGAGAGAUUCUCCGUCCCGUAUUGACGAAUCAUCAGAAAAAGUCGCGGUGAAAAGUUUCCUUUGGUACUUAGAGAACGCAGGCUAUCUAGCCAGAAGCUACACCUCUGAAACGCUCCAGGUAGCCAAUGGGGAGACGGCUUUCGCACUGGGACAAGCUCUAGUUCAGAACUCCAGCUAUUAUAUGAAUACUCAUAAUUUAUCAGAGGAUGUUAUGAAGGAAUAUGUGGAUGCCUUCAUGACUUUAACGGUAGAGGAUCCUGAAUUUUCAGUUUUCAAACUGGCGACCAAAAUUCAUAAAAUUUAUGCAAGCGCUGGUUCGAACACGGAGCCUGAUAAAAGGCUAAAUUUUGGAGGUUUGUUGUAUGCUUGGUUAAGAUAUUCGGGACAUAAAAACUUGACACACAUUCUCGGUAGAGAAAUCGCCUACUUAAAGGAUGUGCCCAAGCAAUCCAACAGUAUUUGGUCUCGUCGUGAUGUUUUCUGGGGCACACCUCUAACCUACGGUAUGCCCGAACUGGCUGUAGUUAGGGAUGAUAUGGUUGGGAUUUUGGCCAACUUUAAAAUGCAUAAUAUUUCUACAUUUGCUUUGAAGGAAUUGUAUGAGAAGCGAUACACUAGAAAUUUUCCGAAAAAAUUAGAAGCGUACGGGCUGAGAGGUAAAAUUUACAUGGGCAUAAAUAUCGAAAAAAAUUUCAGUGUGACGAUCACUUAUUAUAGUUCGAGUCAUAAUGAAUUCGAUACUGUUGAAUAUCCUCUUCCGCAGUGACUUUUAUCAAAUUCACUAGAUUUAAUCGGCAACUUUAUAAAGACAAAAAUAACAAAUAAAACAUCUACAGCUCAUGGUUACUCAGUAUGUCCGUCCCAAUUACUAUUUUCUUUCUUCAGGGAAGUAUGCACUUCAAAGAGUGUCACACUGAACUGACUUGAUGACUGAAAAAAAAUUCAAACUGGCUAUUGAGUUCAGACGUUCUAAGUUUUAUUUGCUACAUUUGAUGAUUAAUUGUACUUGAGUUAAACAAUAAUUUAAUAUUUUGAGAAUUUUUCCGGGAUUUAGGUCUUGUUAGUCUGCAUUCUUCAUCAGGGAAUUUUGAUAUUUUUGCUUUUCUGUUAAAAUUUUUAGGAAAAAAACCACAGAAACUGAACAUUUAUUGAAAAUACAUAGAAGUCAUCAAACAAAACGGAUUAAUCUUUCAAAGAAAGUUUUGAUAAACAACAUAUAUUUCAGUGAAGUGCUUUAGGAAGCACACUUUUGCUUAAACUCCUCUUUUAGAUUACUCAGAUGUUGAGCGGCAUUUAAUCUAUUUGGAAAAAGACAGCUUACAAUGAAGUUGUCAUUAUUGAUAAUCGUUCUUUUCUCAGAAUAAUGAAAUCAAAAAGAGGAUUACCUAUGUCAAGGUAUGAUAAGUACAUAUCUUAAUUGAUUUAUUACUAUUAAAAUUCCCGGCUCAAUCAAAGGCUGUGAUGAGUUUACACACAUUUUCUGUAAAUUUCUUGUAUGGAGCCGUGCUGUUUUUAAAUUAUACUCGAUUAAACAUUUAUAACCAUA